UCUCGUUAUGGGGGUGGUCUCAUCAUUGGGGUGGUCUCAUCAUUGGGGUGGUCUCGUUAUGGGGGUGGUCUCAUCAUUGGGGUGGUCUCAUUAUGGGGGUGGUCUCAUCAUGGGGGUGGUCUCAUUGUGGGGCUGGUCUCAUCAUGGGGGUGGUCUCGUUAUGGGGGUGGUCUCACCGCUGGGGUGGUCUCAUUAUGGGGGUGGUCUCACCACUGGGGUGGUCUCGUUAUGGGGUGGUCUCAUUAUGGGGUUUGUCCCUGUAGGAUUUCUGACACGGGAGGAGCGGCGCCGGCUGGACGCCCUGCGUUCACCCUACAACAAAUUCUGGGUGCCCUGCGUGUGGUUUGGGGCGCUGGCAGGGCAGGCACGGCGCGAGGGGAGAGUGCGUGAUGACUGCACCCUAAAGCUGCUGAUGGAGGAGCUGAACCGAUUUCGGGCCAACUGCAGCCUCCUCUUCCACUACGACUGGAUCAGCGUCCCCCUGGUGUACACACAG